UUCGGGACACGCCCGUCCUUAAAGAGGGUACGUUUGGCACCGAGGCGAUAUCGAUUCAUCAGCCCCACUUUUGGGACAGUCCAUCGAUCGGCGAAGGACUCCUCCUCGCGCUCCGAAUGGGUCACGUUUAGGGUCAUUGGUCAUUGGCGCGCACACGCGCGCGCUCCCUCCUUUCGCGACCCCGUCAGCUUGCCGUCAACUUUCCUUGGGUCAAAACAGAGGACGGACGGUCGCCUAGUUUUAUUUGCUUUGCCAUCAUGUUGGUAGGUUUUAUCUUUUUAAAUUUUUUCUUUAAAUUUUUAAAGGCCUCUUCCGAAAUUUUGCGACCACUUCCACUGAUCUGAAUUUCGGACCUUGAUCUUGAACUAUGUCCAGGCAGCCUGACAGCCCUGGUUCGGAUUACAUGAAUCGCUAUUAUGAACUCGGUAAACCCGUGUGCCCGGAGGAUGGAUUCGGUGCGGCGCAGGCGCACUUCCCGCACGGCCUGGCGGAGGCCCUGCCCGAGGACCCGACUCAGUUCGGUAGAAGCCCCCCGGGGACGGCCGCUCCGCCGCGUGCACAGCAGCAGCAGCAGCACCACCACCACCACCAGCAGCAUCAUCAUCAGCAUCAUCAGCACCAUCAGCAGUUCGUGCAGUUCUUGUCGGUCGCGGGAGACUACACGUACACCGGGCCGGAAGCGCGCAGCGCCGUGGCUCCGCCGAGGCCGGGCUACCACCUGUCCGAGUCCGACUACACGGCCUGGGUGACCGGGGUCACAGGGGUCAGGGCGGCCGCGCACCUCUUCAGCCCCACUUUCGCCGCGCCGGACGGCGGCAGCAGGGAGCGGCUCGUGAUGCCUCCUGCGGGGGUGAAAGCGGAAGACGGAGAGCAGUUGGUGUCGGAACCCGAGCUUCGCCCUCCGUAUUCGCCCUCCUCCCCCGCCGCCGGUCCCUCCACCGCCACCGCCACGUCCGGCUCGGGCGGCGAGCUCUGCUACGUCCACCCCAAGGCCCGCUCCUUCUGGCCCGGGUACCCCCGCCACCCCACGGUCAACGGCAGCCCCGCGGCGACCGUCGCGUCCUCGUCUUCCGAGUCGCCGUCGCCCCCCUGCGAGCGCUUCCCCGGAGGAGGAGGAGGAGGAGGAGGGACCCCCGGAGCGCCCGGAGUGCCUGGCACGUCGCAAGUGCGCCGCCCCCGACAACAACACGUUGAACAGGUCGCCGCCUCCGGCUCCGCCGCCGCCGCCGCCGCCUCGGCUCGAAUCCGGUCUCGCAGCGGUGGCGACACGGAUGUGGAGGAUACUGUUCCUCAUGAAGAAAUGAGGCAGUUUGCCAGACGACUGAAGCAACUGCGGGUCACGAUGGGCUUCACGCAGUCGGAUUUGGGAAUCGCCUUGGGUAACCUCUCAGGGAAACUUUUCAGCCAGACGACAAUUUGCCGGUUUGAGGCUAUGCAGCUGAGCUAUAGGAACAUGUGUGACCUGAAGGAGGUGCUGGAGCAGUGGAUGGUGGCAGUCCAGAUGAUGGAUGACCCCCAAGACAUGUGCAGGCCGGCGGAACCACCCAAGGUGGAAGUCCGCACGCGCAAGCGCCGCACUAACCUGGAUGGCGCGUCGCGCACCACCCUGGAACACUACUUCGUCAUGUGCCCCAGACCCUCUGCGAACGAGAUCACGAACAUUGCGAAGAGACUGAAUCUGCAAAGAGACGUGGUGCGCAUCUGGUUCUGCAACCGCAGGCAGAAGGGGAGGCGCGAGAACACUGUCGUGGAAGACAGGUUCCGCAUGGAGCAGAUGCACCUGGAGGCUGCCACCCCAGGCUCCUCCUCUGCCUUGGAGCAGAAUGACCCCAGUAGGCCGACGAUUCCCAACAACCCUGCUCUGUAUGUGCACCCAGAAGCUCAGAGCCACCCGAAGCCCAAGAUGUAAAUAAAGUCAUAUGAUAACCCUUUAUAUUAACUUUAUAGAGGGGGGGAAAAAAUACUCUAAUAGGCUUAAGCUACCCUGAUGCUAACAGGAGAAAAAGAAUCCUGUGCUGCGGAUGUUAAAUGCUACUGGUUCCCAGGGCUGGUAGGUCGUGUAGCUUUUAGUCUUUUGGAUUUUUUUUCAGAAAUACACAGAGAAAAAUGGAUCUCGCAGUAAGUGAAGUUGAAUGACAGCGACUCGUUUUACAGAUUCUGGAAUAACGAAUGUGAGAGAUUGUGUCGGGGGGGGUGGUGGUGGGUGAUCAUUCUUUAUUGCAAUGUUAUUUCUACAGAUGAUGGAUGUGAGAUGCUGUGGUAAUCAAGACUCUUUUUGUACUUUGUCCUCUAUUUUUAAAAUGUGUUCUUGUACAUCUCAUGGUACAGGCACAUCUAGCUGCCUGUUUACCAUGUUAUUAGCAGGGUUACACUGUCUUCCUGCCAACACCGCAUGGACAAUGGAGAGAAGGCAGUGGCUUUUGAUGCAGGCUGAUGUGGCUCUUGCUUUUGGCGUGAAGACAGCAUAGUGUGGAGAUGUGUUCCAGUGCAGUCAGUCCUCCUGCUAAAUUAACACUAGUCAUAUUGCGCAAACUUGACUCUCUCUUUUCUAUUUUAAAACCAAUCUUGUUUUGUCUAAAGUAGUGAUAGUUAAAUGUUUGAUUCAGAUGUGUGUUUUUUAUUUUAUUUUUAAAAAUUUAAAUGUACAGUGUGACUUGGUCCAUUAACACUACCUCGAAUUCAAGAUCUUAAAUGUAGGUCGGUAGCUUAUUUCUGAGACGAUGCCAUUGCGUAUCGUUUAGGACACCUACGUAUUUUCUUUUUAAGCGCUCAUCUGGCUUGCUUUUUCUGGUGCGUGCCAGAACUUGCUGAAGUGUUUCAAGAUCAAUUUGAAUGA